UAUGUUCUGGGGACGCUUUCGCAAACGGCGUCUUCUGCAAUUUUGCAUCUUUCAUACGUCAAUUUCAGGUUCAGGACUUCAGCUGGAUUGCCGAUUGCGCUUUUUUCCCUAGGAUCAUUCUUAAAUUUUCAGAUCGACCCCGAUUCCAUACUUAAAAAUGAACGACUCCUCAGACGAGAAAGACCGCUCCCGUGAAAGAUCCCGUCGAGGGGACCGGGGCAGGGGCAACCGCAAUGUAGACAAUAGUCGGGAUCGUAGCGUCGAUAGAGGCCGAGAUAGAGGCGGCAAAUCCACAGGACACAGGGUGUAUGUAUCUAAUAUUCCUUAUGAGUUUCGUUGGCAAGAUCUCAAAGAUUUGUUCAGAGUUGAAGUUGGGGAUGUCCAAUUUGUCGAAUUGUUCGUUGACGAUAAAGAUAAAUCGAAGGGUUGUGGAAUUGUCGAAUUUGCCGAUAGUAGUUGUGUUAAGAAAUGUCUUGAAGUGAUGCAGCGAUUCGAAGUGAAGGGUCGUAAGUUGGUCGUCAAAGAGGAUUCUGGCAACGUCAGGGAUAAGCAUGGAAACAGUAUCAAGCGUGGAGCCGGUGCAAGAGACGAGGGAAGGUUCCACAGAGAAGAUCGGUUUGAUUCUCACAACUCUUCCUUUGGCGGUGGUGGUGGUGGUGUUAGAUCUACCAAUGAAAACACCUAUGGGUUGAGUCCAAGCUUCUUAGAGUCCCUACGAAUUGAUCUUCCCCUCUGUAAUAGGGUUUUUGUGGCCAAUCUGACGUACAACGUCGACAAGAAGAAGCUCAAAGAGGUGUUCAGACUAGCGGGGAGGAUACAGAGGGUCGAAUUACACACAGACAAAGAUGGCAGAAGCAGAGGCUUCGCGGUCAUCGAAUACGACCAUCCCGUGGAAGCCGUCCAGGCUAUAUCGAUGUUCAACAAUCAAUUCUUGUACGAGAGACAGAUGUCCGUGAGGAUGGACCGCGUGAACGACGGUACCAAACUGCCGGAAGGACUCAAGGGCAUCGGUAUGGGCCUCGGCAGCAACGGGGAACCGCUCAAGGACGUUGCGCGUAAUUUACCCUCGUCUAACGCCCAGCAGAACAACAGCAUGGGCGGCGGUAUCCUCGGGGCCGUACCCAACCCCGCCUUACAAGUAGCCAGCGCCUUGACCGGGUUGAACAACAUCAAUCCGUUGUCGAGCUUGACCGGCAACACCGGGGUGUUACAGGCCGCUAAUUUGGCGGGCGGUUUGACUGGUAACCUCCUGGGAGGCGGAUUGGGCGGCGGCGACUUGUCCUUGGCCAAUAGUCUCGUGUCCAACUCGCUGGCGCAGACGCCCGCUCAGUUGGCGGCGCUGAGCAGCAUCAACAGUUCUUCCGCUUCUAGUUUGGGACAAUUUGGACGAUCCGACGCUGGUUACGGUACCGGGGGCGGCGGUAUCGGUAACAAUAGGAGUUUCCAGAACCAGUUCGACUCUGGCAGUAAAAACGUAUCUUAUGGAGCCUUUGCCAACGACAGGGACUCUACCGCCUACAGUAAACUGUCUGAUAACGCCAAUAUCAGAGGAUCGGUGAAUGUUCCCAAGAGCACCAGUGGGUUUUCCAGGAAAAUUGUGGUUUCAAACUUACCGACAACUGCCAGUUAUAAAAUGUUGCACGAUAAAUUUUCCGAAUUCGGAGAAGUUCAGCAUUUCGAAGAGAAGAGCGCUGGGACUAUGCUGGUGAUGUAUGCCAACGAAUGGCAAGCGGAGAGAGCUAUCAAAAAUUUGGACAGGGCGAGGAUAGACGGAAGGACCAUAGACGCAAGUUUCUUCAUUUAAGCGUGGAGCAUGACGAUAAUUUUGUUUAGGAUUUUUAUUGCUUUUGUUUUAGUUUUUAACUGACUUUAUUCUCAGAGUGAAGUAGAUAUCGAGAAUUUUCUAAUGCAGAAAAACAACUGUUAGUUAGGAAAUUUUGGUAUGUUCCGUUUGUUGACAAUGUUAUUUUUAAGUUCCACAUCAACUGAAUAUUUCAUCAAUUCAUCUAAUAAAUGUGUGAAACCAUG